AUGGACUGUUGCACGACAAUAAUUCGCAGCAUAGCUCCGUCAAGAAGCUAUGGCAGUGAAACAACAUCUCAUGGUGACAUCAACGGGAGAUCACCAUCAGGGCCAUUAAAAGGGGAAAAGGAUAUUAAGGGAUGUAACUUUACACUAGGUAAUCGGCAGGCGAUGACAACCACACAGCAAAGAGGGGAGAGGUAUAUAUGUAUCCUGCCGAGGGGAUGCAAGACGUGGAAGCCUUGCUUCGCCGGGAAAGAAAUCAUGGAGCCCCAAGUAGAUUCUGGUUUAAGAGGAUGCUAUAUUCCUUCGUGA